AACUUGGAAGUCCUAGGGCAGUAUACAAAAAUCAUUAUUUGUCUGAAUUCUCCAACAAUUGCUCCAGCUGGAUCCACAGACAAGUCUGCAGACUUUAUCUGGCUUUUUCUGACUUUGAAAUCCAUUCUCUCUGAAGACAAGUUGAUCUUCGUUAAGACAAAAAUGGCAUCUCUAUUUUCGGAUUUUGGCUUUAUGUGGUACUGGAAAGAGCUAAACAAGAUAGAAUUCAUGUAUUUCAAGGAAUUACUCAUACUUGAGAUUCUGCAAAUGGGUCUAAAACAGAUUUCUUGGGCUGAAGUAAAAGACGCAUCUCGGGAAGACCUUGCUGUCUUACUGGUAAAACAUUGUGACGGGAAGCAAGCCUGGGAUACAACCUUCAAAGUCCUCCAGAUGAUUGGUAGGAUUGAUAUCACUAAUAGGGCAACAGGAGAGAUGGUUGCACAUCCAACAAUAUAUCGAGCUCAUUUAAAGGAGAAGCUGACCCAUGAUUGCUCUAGAAAGUUCAAAAUCAGUAUUCAGAAUUUCUUCCAGGAUGAAUAUGAUCAUCUUGAGAACCUUCUUGUACCAAAGGGAGCUGAAAACCAUCCAAGUACGGUUGUCCUGCAAGGUGUAGCUGGAAUUGGCAAGACUAUUCUGUUGAAAAAUUUAAUGAUUGUCUGGUCAGAAGGUCUGCUGUUUCAGAACAAAUUCUCUUAUAUCUUCUACUUCUGCUGUCAAGAUGUGAAGCCAUUGCAGACAGCAAGCCUGGCUGAACUGAUCUCCAGAGAGUGGCCUAGCCCCUCAGCUCCCAUGGAGGAGAUCUUAGCCCAACCUGAGAAACUCUUAUUUAUCAUUGACAGCUUAGAAGGGAUGGAACGGAAUUUCACCAAACAGGAUUCGGAGCUGUGUGACAAUUGCAUGGAGAAGGAGCCAGUAAAUGUGUUGCUGAGCAGUUUGCUCAGGAAGAAGAUACUCCCCGAAUCGUCUCUCCUCAUCUCCACUAAUUGUGAGACUUUUGAGGAAUUGAAGGACUGGAUUGAGUACACAAAUGUGAGAACAAUAACUGGAUUCAAGGAAAACAAUAUUAAUAUGUGUUUCCACAGCUUGUUCCAAGAUAGGAACAGAGCCCAGGAGGCCUUUAGUUUGAUAAGAGAAAAUGAGCAGCUGUUCACUGUAUGUCAAGUCCCUGUGCUUUGCUGGAUGGUGGCUACUUGUCUAAAAAAAGAAAUAGAGAAGGGAAGAGACCCAGUCUCCCUCUGCCGACGUACCACCUCCCUGUAUACCACUCACAUCUUGAAUUUGUUCAUUCCCCACAAUGCCCAAAAUCCAAGUAAUAACAGUGUAGAGCUGCUGAAUAACUUGUGUUUUCUAGCUGCAGAGGGCAUGUGGACUGACACAUCUGUGUUUAAUGAGGAGGCUUUAAGGAGAAAUGAUAUUAUGGAUUCUGACAUCCCCACACUGCUGGAUAUUGGAAUUCUUGAACAGAGCAGGGAAUCUGAAAAUUCUUACAUAUUCUUCCACCCAUCUGUCCAGGAGUUCUGUGCUGCCAUGUUUUAUCUGCUACAUAGUGAAAUGGAACACUCUUGUCAGGCUGUUUGCUUUAUAGAAACACUCCUGUUUACUUUUCUAAAGAAGGUCAAAAAACAGUGGGUUUUUUUGGGUUGUUUCUUCUUUGGUCUUUUACAUGAAACGGAACUAGAAAAGCUGGAGGAAUUUUUUGGCUACCACUUAAAUCAAAAAUUAAGGGAACAGUUGCUUUUGUGGCUGGAACUCCUAAUGGACACUUUAAAUCCAGAAGUAAAAAUAAAUAGCAUGAAGUUCUUUUACUGUCUGUUUGAGAUGGAAGAGGAAUACUUUGUUCAGUGUGCAAUGAACUGUAUGGAACAGAUUGACGUUGUGGCUAAGGAUUAUUCUGAUUUCAUUGUUGUUGCCUACUGCUUAAGCCAUGGUUCUGCACUGACAGACUUAUCCAUUUCAACCCAAAAUGUCCUGAAUGAAGAGCUAGGCCAGAGGGGAAAGCUGUUCAUACUUUGGCAUCAUAUAUGCUCUGUGUUCCUAAGGAAUAAAGAUAUCAAAAUACUCAGAAUGAAAGACACUAUUUUCAAUGAGCCAGUCUUUCAAAUCUUAUAUGUUUAUCUGAAGAACUCCAGCUGCGUCCUUAAAACAGUUGUGGCAAAUAAUGUUUCCUUUUUAUGUGAUAAGCGCCUAUUCUUUGCGUUGAUUCAAAGCUACAAUUUGGAAGAAUUGUAUCUCAGUGGGACAUCCCUCUCCCACAGUGAUGUGGAAAUCUUGCAUGAAAUUUUGAACCAGGCAGAGUGUAUCAUGCGCAUACUGGAUUUAUACAGCUGCUCUCUCUGUGAGCAAUGUUGGGACUAUCUUUCUGAUGUUCUUAGGCAGAACAAAUCCCUGAAACACCUAGACAUCAGCUACAAUGAUCUGAAGGAUGAAGGGCUGAAGGUUCUCUGUAAGGCUCUGACUCUCCCAGACUGUGUUCUGCAGUCACUAAG